GUUGUCUUUAUGUUUGCUUACGGCUACAUAGCGGCACUCAGCCACUACGUUGGUUCACUCUCUCUCGGGAACCAAUCAACUCCACAAAGACGCUGGUCCCGAUUUCAUCUCCUAAUUCUCCAUCUGCAUUGUGGUCGGAUGCUGUAAUGGUUGGUCCUAACAUCUACGCUAUUGGAGGAUUAGUGAAUGAUAACGCUUCGUCUAGCGUCAUGGUCAUGGAUUGUCGUUCUCACACAUGGCGUGAGGCACCACCUAUGCGUGUGGCCCGUGAGUUCCACUCUGACACAUGGCGUGAGGCACCACCUAUACCUAUGCGGAUGUCCCGUGAGUUCCUCCACUCUGCUUGCGUCCUUGAUGGGAAAAUUUAUGUACCAGGAGGUUCCAAAGAUCUUGAUUUGACGAAUUGGAUGGAGGUUUUUUAUACCAAGACCCAAACGUGGGAGUUUUUUCAGAUCCCUAGCAAGGAGAUAUUUGGAGGCUCUAAGUACUUAACCGCAGUGUAUGAAGGAACUUUCUUUGUGAAAUGUUUCUACAAGCAUGUGAUGUACAAGGUGCACAAAGGUAGAUGGAGAGCGGCAGACAUACUUCUAAAGGAUAGUUGGCGUGAUUGUCGGUAUUCAUGUUAUUGUGUGAUAGAGAACGUCUUCUACCGUUAUAAUGAUAGCAGGAUCAAUUGGUAUGACUUCAAUGAUAGAGUAUGGAAAACUUUGAAGGGUUUUGUAGGAUUGCCUAGUUUAACAAGAUUCUCUCUGGCUAAAAUGGUGGAUUAUCGUGGGAAAAUGGCUCUUCUGUGGGAAGAGCAUGUGUUUGUUGACAACCGUAAAGAGACAAGAUUCUGGUGUGCGGAAAUUGCGAUUGAAAAACGCCAUAAACAAGAGAUUUGGGGAGUGGUAGAAUGGUCAGGCGUUGUGUCUACAACCAAUAAGCCAUAUAGUUUAGCGCUUGCUACUACCAUCUGA